GGCUGGCACCAGGCAGAGGGGGCUUUAAAAAGGCAAACGUGCCUGGGCUGGGGACCGGAGCCUGUGCUACUGGAAGGCCAGGUGCCCUCCUCCAGCUGGCACCAUGCAGCUCUCUCUCGCCCUGGGUCUCGUCUGCCUGCUGGUGCACGCGGCCUGCCGUGCGGUGGAGGCCCAGGGGUGGCAGGCCUUCAAGAACGAUGCCACGGAGAUCAUCCCGGAGCUGGGCGAGUACCCGGAGCCCCCGCCGGAGCUGGAGAACAACAAGACCAUGAACCGGGCAGAGAACGGAGGGAGGCCUCCCCACCACCCCUUUGAGACCAAAGACGCGUCCGAGUACAGCUGCCGCGAGCUGCACGUCACCCGCUACGUGACCGACGGGCCGUGCCGCAGCGCCAAGCCGGUCACCGAGCUCGUGUGCUCCGGCCAGUGCGGCCCGGCGCGCCUGCUGCCCAACGCCAUCGGCCGCGGCAAGUGGUGGCGCCCAGACGGGCCGGACCUCCGCUGCAUCCCCGACCGCCUCCGCGCGCAGCGGGUGCAGCUGCUGUGCCCCGGGGGCGCCGCGCCGCGCGCGCGCAAGGUGCGCCUGGUGGCCUCGUGCAAGUGCAAGCGCCUCUCCCGCUCGCACAACCGGUCGGAGCUCAAGGACUUCGGGCCCGAGGCCGCGCGGCCGCAGAAGGGCCGGAAGCUGCGGCCCCGCGCCCGGGGCGCCAAGGCCAACCAGGCGGAGCUGGAGAACGCCUAUUAGGGCCCGCCGCCGGCCGCGCCUCCCCGGCGGGCGCCCCUGCCCUCUGCGCGCGGUCCGAGUGUCUGUAUUUCAUUGUAAAUGCCUGCGACCCCGGGCAGGGGCUCAG